ACAUACAUCCUUUGUCUCUCACUUUCUUUCGGUCUCAUUCUCUCUCGCUCUGCCUCAUAUGGUGUGCUCUAUGCUGAGCUAGAGUUACACUGGUUCCAUGGUUACCUCAAAGGGUCAGCUAAAGGACAGUAAAACAUACACACACACAGGCGCACACACAGGAAUUCAGAUCCAGGAAUCAGUAUCCAGUACCCGCACCACACUUAAGCAGCUAAGAAGUGCCGUGUAUAAUAGAAAAGGUCUAGCUAGCUACAGUAUGUAUGGGUUGGUUAGCUAUGUCCUGGAUAAGCAUCAGCAUUGUAUCUCAUUUAUAUUAAACUGACAUUUUCAGAGCCCAUGAAAGGUUAAGAGAUAAGUGUAUGUGACUGAGUGUGUUGACACAGAGCCCCCUCUGUGUGUCCCCAUUGGGUCAGCCCUUGCUAGUAUUGGCACACAGUGGCAGCCAAGGCACCAGAGCGGGCACUUGUGUUUGCAGAUGGAUUUGCAUUGUAACUGUCGCUCUGCCGCCUUCCUCCAGCCUCUUAGUCCACUGCCGUGCUUAGUUCUCCCACACUGCCAUGUCCUUCUCUGCUCUCCUCCAUUCCUCCCCUCCAUCUCUCUCACAGCCACAUUCUUCAUUUCUGUCUCCUGGUCCCAUUGUGUCAGUCACGGCAGUGUUCUUUCCUGUCAUGCUGACCGACUGACUGAACAGUAUUGUUGUCUCUCUACAGCACAUAGAUAUCAGGUUUAUGUUCAGGGUGAACUAAAGCUGAUAGUUCUUUCUCCUUCCUGUGUGUCUGUAGCCCAAUGAAGUGUUCCAGUUUGAAGGGAAAGUCUACUGCCACCACAUGUCCCCCAUCUCCAGGAAACACAGCCUCAUUGCAGCAUACCUCUGUUCUGAUGCAAGGCCUGCAGCAAUGAUUAUCUCCACGGAUUGUGAAAGCUGUUCGCAUGACGGCUGAUUGUGAAACUGCGGUGUGGUGGGUUAAUAAAGUGUAUGCCCUUGGGGUCUCAGGAGUUGGAAAUGACUCCGGAACAGUUUGGAUAGACAUGAUAGGAAUCCAGGCGGUGCCCCCCUGCUGACAGAGCAGGACAGACUGGUUGUACAUACCUGCCAAAUCACUUGUUUAACACCCACACUGCUCUCUUUCUCAAUGCAUUUCAAAGGGUCUCUCGCUGUCUCUGUGUGCGUGUGUGUUUUUCACUCACUUUCUCCAUGUUAAGGUCACUGACUCUCCCUUUGUCCGCCCACCCCCCUGGUGCUAUUUGGACCAGAAUUAUCAUUUUAUUUCUGCCGGGUUUGAAACAAAUGGACUCAAACCUGGUUAUCUUGUGUCUAUCCCUGUCAAUUAUCUUGCUCCCUGAAUGCUCACACCCUCUGUGUGAAUAGUGACCUGUGUUGUGAGCUCAUGUAUAUCAAUGGCUGGCAUAAGUGCGCUCUUAUAUAGCUACAUUCCUGUCUCAUCUGAGAAAACCGGGACCUCCAGUUUCUCCUCUCAGUCACAAAGCAUUUACACACAAAGUGGAAGUAAAGAUGUUUUUCCUUUGUCUUAGUCAUGUAUGUAGCCUCUCAAUGAAUCCCUUGAUCUGUGUGUUCUCAGUGGGUACCAAAGACCAGAAAGUACAGUUCUGUGACCUGAAGUCUGGCUCAUGCGUCUAGGUUCUGCAGGGACGGCUACAGGAGCUCAGAGAGACAUGGAGUUCAGGGAUCUAACGGCCAGGGCCGGACUCUGGUAUGAAAACUUCAUGAAGAAUGCAGACCCCAGGACAGAGGACUGGUUUCUCAUGUCAUCGCCGCUCCCCCAAACCAUAAUAAUCGUGGCGUACAUCUACUUUGUCACCCGGCUGGGGCCCAGACUCAUGGAGAACCGCAAGGCUUUCCAACUCAAAGAAAUUCUCAUUUUCUACAACUUCAGCGUGGUCGCCUUGUCCCUCUACAUGUGCUAUGAGUAUGUGAUGUCGGGCUGGGGGACGGGCUACACGUUCCACUGCGACCUAGUGGACUACUCGGACUCGCCGCAGGCAUUGAGGAUGGCUGGGACGUGUUGGCUCUACUACUUCUCAAAGUUCAUAGAGAUGUUGGACACAAUCUUCUUUGUUCUGAGGAAGAAGAACAGUCAGGUUACAUUCCUCCAUGUCUAUCAUCACUCUAUCAUGCCCUUUACCUGGUGGUUUGGGGUCCGGUUCGCUCCAGGUGGCCAGGGGACAUUCCAUGCCCUGUUGAACUGUGUGGUCCAUGUCAUCAUGUACUCCUACUACGGCCUGUCUGCCCUGGGCCCCGCCUACCAGAAGUACCUCUGGUGGAAGAAGUACCUCACCACCAUUCAGCUGAUCCAGUUUGUGAUCGUUACCACCCACAUCUGGCAGUACUUCUUCAUGAAGGACUGUCCCUACCAGUUCCCCAUCUUCAUCUACAUCAUUGGCCUCUAUGGCCUGGUCUUCCUCCUCCUCUUCCUCAACUUCUGGUACCACGCCUACACCAAGGGCAAGAGGCUUCCCAAGGUACUUCAGGCCAAAACCUGGGCCCACCCCUACAACAAAACCAACGGCGAAAUAACCAACGGGAAUGGUUUCCACUGUGACAAGGAUAAGUGACAGGAGAUCAGUCAAUCAGGCUCAGGAUCAAGGGUCGAUCUCAUUUGAAUAUGAGCUUAUUCAUGAACUGAUAUUAGACAUGGAAUUUAGAAUUUAGAGUACUGGGGUGUAUUCACUAGGAACCAAACGGAUAGGUACCUACGUGAAUUUGUCUAAUAGAAACGGUCUUUUUCCAUUUGGCGUAAACGGUUUCCAUUGCAACAUUUUUUGGACUAAUGAUUUCAUCCCAGGUUAGGUAUGCAGGAGUUUUGUUUUCCAAUGUAAAAGUCAGUGCACUAUUGAACUCAAAGAGAAUUGACCCCUCACCUCUGGACCUUCUGAUAUUUUCUUUUCUCUCUGCUACAGCAAUCUCUCAGAGUUAUGAACCAAAGCUCUACUGGACUUUUUGUAUUAGAUAUUUUAAACUUUUAUACCUGUGCUUUUCUUUCCUGUUCAGGGUGAAAGCACAAGUUGAGUGUUUUUUAAUUUUUUUUAUAAACAGAUAGUUGAUGUUAGACGUGUGUUAGGUUAGUCAAUGUUGGGGCAGUUCAGUAGCUUUGUCCCCACCAGCCCAAAUUACCUUUGCCGUUUAGAGUUGGUGCUGAACCUCUCUAGCUUAGGCUGUAGAAUUCAGCUUUAUAAUGUGACCUUGAUUUCAGCUGGUUUCUAUAUUUCAAUACCUGUACUUUAAAAAAUAAUUUUAAUACAUUUUCUAUGCAUUUAAUUGUAAACAAUUUGUAUAUUCUGCUACUGAAAGUGUAGCAGGAUUUUGUCUGUCUUGAGUAUGUGAGCCAUCCUCCAUAGUUGAGGCCUGAUGUAUUUCCUGGGUCUGGUCACAUGGCUGGGAAAAACUCUGGGCCCUACCCAUAGUAUACCUGUAAUGGUGGAAGGAUACAGGAUAACAAUUUUGCCAGUAAGAACCGAUGUUUACAUGUAUACUGAGUGGAGUGUAUUGGUGUUGACCCCCCACCUUUUCAUCAAUUCUGCACCCAUUUCUCUCUGGUUUGAGUCACAGCCUCUACUGGUGCUGAGAAACUUUGGAAGCCAACCUGCUCCUACUGUUAAAGAGCUGUAGGCCUACUUGAAUCUCAUUGAAAUCUGUCUGUAUUAUGUCCAACAGAAGUGACGGUGUGACAUUUGAAGCCAGAGAGAAAAGUGUAGCAACUGUUCUUGCAGGAACCGGAGCAGAGUGCACAUUUCGCUUUAGCUCUGUCGCAAGCAAAGAACGACACAUUUAAAAAAAAAAAAUAGAUUAAAAAAAACUGUAGCCAUUGUUUACCACUGCAUGCAUAUUAGUUUUAUAUCCACUCUUCCAAAUUGAGUUCAGUCCUUAUGCCAUGCGUAUGACAGUUAGUAUGCUUUCUCACUGGGUGUGUUCACAUUUUGGUUUUCGCCUCCGAGCUCUGCUCAACUGGUGAUUGAGGACACAGCAUUAGCUAAGUGUAGGAUGGGCCUCCACAGGUGUAGUAAAACCCCAGUGCCUGGGGUGUAGGCUGAGUCCAAUAAGCAACAGCGAUCUAGCUGAUUUGAAAUGUAUUUGCUGAUGUUAGCUCUAGUGUGAGCGUGUUAUUCACCAUGGGUUUCUGUUCAGUGCCUUUGUCUAAGCCCCUCCAGCCAUGAUGACGCUAAUUCUGUAUAAAAACAGUCAUGUGUAAAGUAAUUAUUUUUGUAUUUAUAUAAAAAUAAAUGCUGUUUUAUACAUCA